GUACUACUCGCGGCCCAGGCUGACACGGAAGUGGCCGCACACUGUGCACGGAGCUGUCAACACAAAGCUGCAGCAAUGUUCAUCAGUGUGGCGAUAAUAUUAGUUGUUUUGGUCAUAUUUAUAUUUAAAUAUGUCUUCGGCAGCUCCGGGCCCAAUCCCUUUGAGACGGACAGCCGUGAACCGUUGAAGAAAAUGGUUCACAACCGGAAGGAGAAAAAUAAAGUUCUUAAACAAGGUUUUCUGGCCAGCAAAGUACCCGACAACCUGGAUGCCAUCAUCAUCGGCAGUGGGGCCGGUGGUCUCGGGCUUGCGGUGCUGCUGGCCAAGGUUGGAAAGAAAGUUUUGGUUCUGGAACAGCAUGAUCGGGCUGGAGGAUGCUGCCACACAUUCACUGAGAAGGGCUUUGAGUUUGAUGUUGGAAUCCACUACAUCGGAGACUUGCUGGACCACAAGCCUUUCCGCUGCAUGCUGGACCAAAUGACUAACGGACAGCUGCAGUGGGAGCCUCUGGAAAAUCCUUUCGACCAAGUUGUGCUGGGACCUCCAGAAAACCGCCGCCAGUAUCCCAUCUACAGCGGCAGGACCCGCUUCCCAGAGGAGCUGAAAAAAUGCUUCCCUGGUGAGGAGAAGGCCAUCGACGAGUACAUGAGGCUGGUCAAGAAAGCUGGACGGGGCAUUUGGCUCCUCGCUAUGCUGAAGCUCUGCCCUGCCCCCUUGGCCAAGUUCAUUGUCUACACCGGCCUCGCCAGGCGUUUGUCCUUCUUCUUCGAAAUGGCUCCCCGCAGCCUGACAGACGUGGUCAACGAGCUGACGGAGAACAAGGAUCUCAGGGCCGUCUUCACCUACAUCUUUGGCACCUAUGGUAACAUGCCAAAAGAUUCCAGUUUUUCCAUGCACAGCCUGCUGGUCACUCACUACCUGAACGGUGCCUGGUACCCCAAAGGAGGAGCCACUGAAAUUGCCUACCACAUGAUCCCCAUCAUUGAGAAGGCGGGUGGUGCCGUUCUGGUCCGAGCCCCAGUCAACCGCAUCUUGUUCAAUGAUGCCAAGGAGGCUUGUGGUGUGAGCGUCAUCAAAGGACAAGAGGAAAUACAUGUCCAUGCCCCUAUGGUCAUCUCUAAUGCUGGCAUCUUUAACACCUACCAGAAGCUGCUCCCCAAAGAGCUCCAGUCCAUGCCAGCUAUCCAGAAGCAGCUGAGUAUGAUGAAGAACGGUGAAGGUGGCCUGAGUGUUUUUCUGGGUCUGACUGGAACGAAGGAGGAGUUGGGCCUGAAGGCCGACAACUACUGGAUCUUCGCUGAGAACAAUUUCGAUGAACUUGUGGAGAAAUACUUGAAUGGGAAGCGGGAAGAAUCUGCUACAAACGUACCUCUCCUGUUUGUCGCCUCUCCAUCAGCUAAAGACCCAACCUGGGAGGAAAGAUCACCAGGGAAGUCCACCCUGAGUCUGGUCAGUUUUGCCAAAUACGAGUGGUUUGAGGAGUGGAAGGACGACAAAGCGACUAACAGAGCUCAUGAAUACAAAGAGCUGAAACAGGCCUUCAUUGACUCUAUUCUGGAGGUUCUCCUGAGCAUCUUCCCGAAGAUAACCAGAGACAAGAUUGAGUACAUUGAUGCCGGGACCCCCAUCACAAACACACACUAUAUCGGAGCCCCCAAAGGUGAAAUCUAUGGAGCGGAUCAUGGCGUCUCCAGAUUCAGCCCUGAACUCAGCGCUACAGUGAGACCUCAGACUCCACUGAAGAACCUCUACCUGACAGGUCAGGAUGUGUUUUUGUGCGGGUUCGCCGGCGCUCUCGCUGGAGCUCUCACCUGUGGUUCGGUCAUUCUCAACCGCAACCUCCACCUGGACUCCAUCGCCUUGGCCAAGAAAACAAAAUUUGUGAAUGCCAAACUUAAAGGAGAGUAACUGCAUGGCAACAUUCAGCUGAGUGACUGUUCACUGUAAUUAAUCAAUACUACAAGAAGAAGUAACAAGGCUGUUGAUCUUUCAACAGUCAGCCUGCGUUAAUCAAAGCAAACAUGACCUCAGUGCUUUUAUAAACUAUUCGCCACGUUGAAGUUCAUCUUGUUGUGUUGUUUUAUUCUAAAAUAUGUUCAUUCUGAACUCUGUGCCUGCGGCGUUUGGCAGUUUGUAACAAACAAUGCUCCCUUUUUAAUAUUAAAGGGUACAAACAAUGA